AUGACCAACCCACAGGAUGCCGACCUCCAUUACUCUAUUACCAUGCGACCGCAUCCCUUUCACCAACAUCCCAACACGAAUACAGAGCAGACGGCAGCGACGUACCUACCAGUCCUGGACCCAGCACAGAGUAAUGAGCAGGGUCAGCCAGUAUCGAAGCAACCAGGUCACUCCACAGCGCGUGAAGCCAUGAGCAAGACCGACGAGCCGGCUAGGCAGCGGCCCGUAUAUCAAUCUCGAACUAGUGCAGAGUCCGCUCGAGGCAGCGACGUCGAUGUAGAGAGGGGCAGUAGUCUUCCCAGCUACACCAACGCCAACGACCCGUAUAGUCUACGGUACGGCCUCAAGACGGACGAAGACAUCGAGACGAUCAAAGCCAACUCGGCGAAGAAGAGAAGUGUAGCUUUAUGCGGUGUUGGGCCUGCACCACGAACAGCUAGAAAGCUACAAGGAUUCUACGAGUCGCAGAAUGAGAAUAUCGAGAGAUUACUGAAGCCUGUGAACGAUCAUGUUCGCGAAGCAAAAGAGGAACGAGAAAGCGAUGGUCUGCAGCUCAAGAUCGCAAUAACUGGCUCCUUCGCCGCCAACAUCACCCUCGCUGUCCUACAAGUCUACGCGGCCGUCUCAUCCAGAUCGCUCUCGCUGUUUACCACCAUGGCAGAUGCUAUCUUCGACCCCUGUAGCAACCUCACCCUCAUCUUGGCGAAUCGAGCCGUCAACAAAGUCGACCCACGAAAGUAUCCUUCGGGUAAAGCGCGAAUCGAGACGGCCGGCAAUAUCGCUUUCUGCUUCAUCAUGACGGCUGUAUCUCUCAUAUUGAUCGUCGAGUCCAUACAACAGAUUGCCGGUCAUAAGCCCGAGGAUGUGGCUAGCUUCCAUCUCCCAUCUGUCAUCGCCGUGGCAAUUGCGUUCGUAACCAAGCUGUCGCUCUUCCUCUACUGCUGGUCUCUACGGAACAAGUACAGUCAGAUCAGGAUCCUCUGGGAGGACCACAGGAACGACCUAUUCAUCAAUGGCUUUGGUCUGCUUACGAGCGUCGGUGGCUCCAAGCUCCGAUGGUGGAUCGAUCCUAUGGGCGCCAUUAUCCUUUCCGUCCUCAUCAGCUUCUUGUGGUUACGCACGGCCAUUUCUGAGUUCCAGCUUCUGAUCGGCGUAAGCGCCGAUACCAGUUUCUUGCAACACAUAACCUAUAUCUCCAUGACACACUCGCCCCUUAUCAUGUCUCUUGACACUGUUCGAGCGUGGCACAGCGGUCCUCGCCUCAUCGUUGAGGUUGACAUUGUCCUUAGCCAGGAUAUGACGGUCAAGGAGUCUCAUGAUGUUGCCGAGGAACUGCAGAUGAAGCUCGAGAGCUUGCCGGACGUCGAGAGGUCCUAUGUCCACAUCGAUUAUGAGACAAGUCAUGCGCCGGAGCACUUCACGAAGAAGGAGCUAUGA